CGGCCGGCCCGCUCGCAAGUCUGCAGCCUCCGCUAGAGCCAGGCUGGAAGGGGAGACGGUUCUCCUCGCUCCUGGCCUGCUUGGGAGGCUGAAGAUGACGGACCAGGAUGAGCUCUCAGGGAAGGGAACCCCAGAAUGACAGACUUGGGUGGCGGCAGGACCUUCAGGCACCCCCCGCGUCCCUCAAUGCCACUGACGGAUGCUGACCCAUGGGCCUGCCCUUCCUUCGGCCAGAUGUUUAACCCAUCUAGGAUGUUCAGCUGGCACCGAUCCUUCACCAUCAGUGCUCCAUGGAGAAAAGCUGUCAAGAAAACCCCGCCGCCGGAUGGCAAGGUAGUUCUAACAAACCUGAAGAUCCUGUCCAGUGAAAUGGCUCACGUUCAAGCCCCUUCUCCCACCACAAACUCUUUAGAGGACCCCGGAUCUCCCAAAGCGAGCCUCCCGGUAGGGCGUCCGGCCGACGUGGCCAUCGUAAGGGACACUCCAGUGGGAACAGUGCCCGGAGCCACCUUCCCUGCUCUCAACCCCACAGAACCCAAGUGCCAUCUCCCGAGGCUAGCCAAGUUUGAAUCGGAGGAUUCCGGCGUGGAGUUGCCGAGCGGGCCCAACUCCCUGUCGACGCCCACCAGCUCCGUAAAGAGUUUUGUGCUCCACAGUAGAGACUCUUCCUGUGACUCAGGCGUGCUGAGUGCCUCUUCCUCUCCAGCGGCCGGCCACAUGGUCAUGAGAACAUGCGCAGACGCCGUAGAUGCCUGCUUCUGCAUUCUGGACAGCAAGAACCCAGAGGAACUCUGUGAAGGGCCAGGGGGCGCGAAAUCGACUUCCUCGGAGAAGCUUUGUCCUGCUGCCGCAGACCGAUGUGGCUGCCCACCGGGAUUUUCCGUAGAGGACGCCACGGAUGGCUCAGAGGGGAGAAAUCCUGAGCAGCCUUUCGAUGGCGAAUGUUUGGGGGACGAGCCCAGAGAAGGGGCCAACACAUCCCCGCUCUCCGUCACUACGUUGGGGGAGAAAAGGCCUCCUGGCGACCGUAGCAAAGACAGCUUGGACAGCCUUCCGGAGACGCCUCUAGAAGGUCACCCCCUAAGAAGAUAUCCCACGAGUGACAGCUUGGAUGAGUACAUGGACGAAUGCUGCAAGCUGAGCGAGGUGAACCAAGGGAACGCCAAGGCUCUGGGCUCGGGCCUGGGAUACCUGGAGCACAUCUGCCAGCUCAUUGAGAAAAUCGGGCAGCUGCAAGAACACAACCUGCGCCUACAGAAGCAAGUCUGCGGCUUGCAGAAGGAGCAGAAGAUGAACCAGCUUAAAGAGGAGUAUUUUCUACAGCAGUGUUCCUGCAGCGCUGCUGCCAGCGUCUUGCUCGGCUCGCACCAGGAGGUGAAGAAUGUCUUUGCUGGGAAGAGCAGACCGCACAGCCUCUUGGCCCAGAACGGAAACGCGUCCGACCUCUCUAGCAUUCCAGAAACAGGAGCCGGCAGAGAAAACCCAGGCCGCUGGAAAGAGGGAGACGCGUAUGUGGAUCUGGGUCACUACCAGCUGUUAAUGGGGUUAAAGCUGCCAAAUGGAAGAAGAAGUGGCGAGGCGGGGCAUGGAGAAGGUUGUAGCACAAUCGAUGGUCAAGCUAAUCUCCCAAAGGAGCCACACCUGAAAAGGGGCUCGGACAUCAGCAGAAGUGCCUCGGGCGAGAGUCACGCCUGGGGAAGAAUGAGAGACCUCGUGCGGAAGACCAGGGGGCGCCACCAGAGCAGGCUGGGUCUGGCUUCGGCGGCCUUGAAAAGGUCCUGCCCUCAGCUCUAUAGGCCUGACAUCGCGACUUCGGAUCUGAGCAAAGCGGAGAGGAACUCCAUGAUCGCUUUGGGACCGGGCUCGAGGAACGAAAGUGCUUGGCCUUUCUGACUGGAGGGGCUGGUGGGAACGGAGCCACCCCGGGGUGUGUGAGGAGAACGUCCCCCUGCCCAGGUGCUCUGUGGUCUCCUGACCCCACCCAUUUGGCUGCCUCUUGGACGUUGGUCUUCAAGGUGCCACCGGACUUGGAUUUUGUCCUGUUGUUUAGACCACCAUGGCCACCCACCUGAA